AUAAGUGUGUAAAGUAGGAAGUAACGAUACCAUGGCCAGUAACACUGCAUUAUCGUCUGGAUACGACUAUCAGUUUGUCGUACAAGUACCUGAAGACUACAUUUGUAGUAUUUGUUAUCUUACAAUGCGAAAACCCGUACAGACAAGAUGUGGACAUCGAUUUUGUAAGGAUUGUUUGGAUGCAGCCUUAAAGAGACAGCCAAAAUGUCCUCUUGACAAGGAGUCUUUGACUUCACAGCAGAUAUUCGAAGAUGUAGCGACCGAGCGACAAAUUCUUUCACUCAAGAUAAAGUGUCCAAACGAUUGUGAUUGGCAGGGAGAAAUGAGAGAUCUCAAGGAUCAUGUUGAAAAAUGUCUGCUGACCAUUGUCCCCUGCAGUUACAUCAGUAUUGGAUGCAAUUUUAAGGGACCAAGAAGAAGUUUAAGCGAUCAUUAUAAAAACAACUUGGCAGACCAUCUUACCAUCACGACGCAACAACUUUUGACCCUUCGAGGUGAAGUUUUGGAACUCAAGGCGUCUAGCAUUGCACUGAUGACCAAAGACGAUCAGUCACACUAUAGCUACACGUGGAAAAUCAACGAUUUCAGCAAACAGCUAUACAGCUUGCAAAGCAGCAAGACCGUGACAUCGAACUGUACAGCGAACCGUUCUACACUCACAAGUAUGGAUACAAACUGAAACUCGAGUUGGAUCCUAAUGGAUAUGGUGAUAUGGCAAGGGUACCCAUGUAUCAGUAUUCAUGAUUAUCAUGCGAGGUGAAUACGAUGCAAUAUUGACCUGGCCAUUUAAUUGGAAAAACAAGUUUAUCCUGCUUGACCAGAAACCAUACCACUCGAUGAGAAAAAACAUCGACGAUGGUUACAGUAUUCCCGAUACAAGUAACUGUAGCUAUCAAAGACCAACAACUAAUGAAAGCGUUGGAAUAGGACGUCCCGAAUUCGUUUCUCAUGGAACAUUAAAAACUGAGAACUAUGUCGUCGAUGGAGCAGUUUUCAUCAAGUUUGAGUUGGAUUCUUCUGUGCCAAACUGAAACGAUUUCGAAAACUUUAAAAUCUAACACAACUUCUGAAAAAGGUAACCUGACGUUUACCGAAGCUUAUCGGUCUUGUACAGAGUACAUAAGUUUCCUAUAUUUUAUUCCCUUCAUUGUUUUGACGGCUAAAACUCGGUAACGAUUUUCUGAUAUUUGGAGGGAGUGUCAGUAAAAAUCCCGGAAAACUUUUACAAAUCAUAUUGCGGUACUGACAGCAUUAUUGUGUAUUUGUAUCUUAAUGUCAUGUAAAUCACUGUAAAAUAUUGCGCACUGUAAAAAAAGGUUGUUAGGUAAACUAUUAAAUUAGGAACUCUAUGAAAACCACUUACGUGAGAGUUUUUCCAAAUGAAAUAUUGUUUUUUUUUUUCAAACGAACGCUUAAGGGGAUUGUGGACGAGGUUAACUGUCAAGAAAAAAUGGACAACUCGGAGGCUUAUGAAGGUAAAGGCUUUGCCAAAAGGUAUGCAUUGCCAGACCUUUUGGUCAAGAUGGCGACGCGCAUGCGUUAUAACGCACAAAGAUAAACAAAAUGGCUUCCAUUUUGUAUAAGGGAAUAUUUGUAUGGCCA